AUUCUUGGAUCUCUCAACCUUUGUGUUAUCACUGACCUCCAUGCAUUACAUGUAAAAAUAUUCAUCAUAGUCGGUAUUUAUUAGCUAUAUCAGUUCAAAUUAUUGGAAGGUAUGGAAGACCAUUUAAUAUUUCUUCUCAUGCAAACUAAAAGGGCAACCCGGUGCACUAAGCUUCCGCUAUGUGUGGGGUCCGGGGAGGGGCCGGACACGAGGAUCUGUUGUAUACAGCCUUACCUUGUAUUUCUGCAAGAGGAUGUUUUUACAGCUCGAACCCGUGACCUCCUGAUCACAUGGCAGCAACUUCACCAGUUACGCCAAGGAUCCCUUUCUUCUCAUGCCAUCUAGAAGUGUUGAAAUAUCCAUACAAAUACAAACGAAAGAAGCAAAAUACUGCUGGAAGAAAAGUCACAAGUGGCAUGGGCCUUGCCACUACUCUUACAAAUGUAGCCACCACUGCAAGCACUGGUUUGGAGCUGAAUAUGGUAUCUGCAAGAAGUACAAAUGGGGUGAUCACAAACAUCACUGGGCUAAAUAUGCUUGCUACUGCUACUCUCCUUGCCACUAAUCAUGAGGAAAUCAGAGCCCCAAUUCUUGAUAUGGACUAAAUAUAUAAGAACCUACCUAUUUGUCCAUGUGAAUUAAAUAAUAAAGGACAGACAAGAAGUUGGGGUUGUUUUGUGUGUGUAACAAUGUAAUAAAGCUGAGUUAAGGCUGUAGCCUGACCCGCUAUUGUGUUGCUUCAAUGCUUUUCUAUAGUGUUAGUUAUUGUGAACUAUGGUAUUGUGCUGAAUAAACAUUUGUUGUAUGGUUU